AUGAUUUCCAAAUGUUUGAGCUUCCAUCCCCAUCUUUAUCCCUACCAACAUCAUCAGGCCUUGGCAAACCCAAAACCCAUCUCCAUAAACCUUUCCUUUUCCGAAGCCUUUAAUACAAUUCCAACCACCACAACACCUUUUUCCCUUCACAAAAAAACCCUCUUCUUCCAACCCAUGGCAUCCACUGUACCCAAUUCCAUUCCAGAGUUUGAAGAUUUUGAACCCGACCCCAAGCUUAUCAACGAUGAUCUAGCGCCAACGACUGUGAGUAAAAGAACAUAUUCUGGUUGGGAAAUGGCCAGUUUGUGGGUUGGUCUGGUUGUGGGUGUGCCAACAUAUUACCUUGCUGGUAGCCUUGUGGAUCUUGGAAUGGCUUGGUGGCAAGGAAUAUUGACGGUUGUUACGGCUAACAUAAUCACGGUUAUAGCACUUGGAUUAAUGGGUCAUCCAGGGACACGUUACGGGAUUCCGUUUCCGGUCCUAGCCAGAUCGGCCUUCGGAAUCCAUGGUGCGCAUAUUCCAACUCUACUAAGAGGAUUAGUAGCUUGUGGCUGGUAUGGAAUUGAGACAUGGAUUGGUGGUGAAGCAAUUUUUCUACUUUUGCCCAAUUCUAUUAAGACUUCAACCUUUUCCAAUUCCAUUCCGUGGCUUGGAACUUCCCCAAUUGAGUUUGCUUGUUUCAUGGUCUUUUGGUUAGCACAAUUACUUGUUGUGAUCAAAGGAAUGGAUGGAAUUAGAGAACUAGAAAAAUAUUCUGCCCCAAUUUUGAUAAUUCUCACUUCAUGUUUACUCAUCUGGGCUUAUGUGAAUGCCGGUGGUUUCGGUCAAAUCCUCUCGAUGUCUUCGCGGCUCUCAUCAGCGGAAUUCUGGUUGCUAUUUUUCCCGUCACUGACUGCAAACGUAAGCUUUUGGGCAACACUUGCACUAAACAUUCCGGAUUUCACACGUUACGCCAAGAGCCAGAAAGACCAGAUCAUGGGUCAAGCUGGGCUACCGAUUCUCAUGGGUGGGUUCACCUUUGUUGGGUUAGCGGUGACCGCAUCGACUCAAGUCAUCUUCGGGCGUGUGAUCUCGAACCCAAUUCAAUUGUUGGGUGAAAUCGGUGGAUUAACAACCAUGAUCCUUUCCAUCUUUGGAAUCACACUUGCCACCAUCACCACCAAUAUUGCUGCCAAUGUUGUAGCUCCGGCGAAUGCCCUGGUGAGUCUAAGCCCAUCGGUGUUCACUUUCCGGCGAGGUGCAGUAUUAACUGCAUUGGUUGGAAUCGCAUUCCAACCUUGGAGACUUCUUCAAUCAAGUGAAAGCUUCGUGUACACUUGGCUUGUGGGGUAUUCAGCAUUGAUGGGACCAAUCACUGGGAUACUUUUGGCCGAUUAUUAUCUCAUAAAAGGCCGGAAUCUGGUGGUAAAGGACUUGUACAGUUCGAAUCCUUUUGGGAAAUACUUUUACUUUAAUGGGUACAAUUUGGGGGCAAUUGCAGCUCUGGUAGUUGGGAUUUUGCCGGUGAUUCCAGGGUUCUUGCAGAAGAUCGGAAUCUUGAGACCGGUGCCGGAGUUGCUGGUAAUGAUUUACAACAAUGCCUGGUUCUUUGGACUUUUCACAGCUGGGAUUGUUUACUGGAUCUUAUCAGUUUUGAAUGCAACACAACAGAUGGGUUCACAGCCAUCGGAAUCUGAGUCCUUCUUGCCCAAAACAAGCUGAUUUUUAUUUUAUUUUAUUUUAGAGUUGUUUGAGAUUGUUUAUAAAAACAAUUUAUUCAUAUUUCGGUGUGACACUGUUAAUAAACAUUUUUAAGUGUUUGCAUAAAUAAUUUAUACCAGUACCAAAUCGGUAAUAAAAGUUUUUGAAAAGUUAAACGUUUCUGACUUAUAAUAAGUUGAUAAGUGGUUUUAUAGAAAAACAUAAAUUGUUUCAAAUAAGCAAUCCCAACAUUAUUUUUGUAAAUUUGUUUUCAAACUUGAUAAUCUUCUUGGAACACAAAAUACAUACAAACCGAAGAGGUUUAUGCUAUAAUGACUUGUAUACUAGGCAUUACAGGUAGUACCUUGUGUUCAUUUUAUUGUUUA